AUGGAGAACACCAACGACGACUUGCAAGAGUCGUUUAACACUUUCAUCAACAUGCCUCACGAGGACGACGAUGGCAAGCAGAAUCAUCCAGCGAACAUCGCAUCUGCUUCCCGCGCUGAGGACACACCCAGUACGACCGUCGCCACGGCUGCCGUCGACAUGGCCAGCACUGGAGGUAGCCCUACCGCAACCCUCAACCAGAAUCAGGAUUCCCCUAUGAACAUCGCAACUACAACCUCGACCAACAAAACGAACAUCGCAACUGCAUUCCCACUAAGCGACAAGAUGAAGAUCGGAAUUAUCACCAAGGCUGCAAGAAGGGCCAGAAUCGCCUUAACCAAUGAGGAUGAAGACGAGCUUGUUGGUCUUGCUGGUUCCUGUGGCGAGGUCGUCGCCGACGACGCUCAUCCAAUGGAUGUCGAUGAGGAUGUCGACGAUAACGACUCUCGUCCGCUCGCUCGUCCGAUGGAUGUCGAUAAGGAUGUCGAUGAUGACGACUCUCGUCCGCUCGAUACCAAUGGCAAUCCGAUCAUUGCCGACGAUGAAGACGACCAAAACCAGGCCAACGAGACCUUGACGAAGAUCGCAGAGACCGCCUCUGACUUCACUCUCGUGCCAGGCACCAGAAAGAGCAAGCUGCUCACCAAGGUCAACUCCCGCGGAAUUAUUGAAAUCGACAAGCUGAAGGCCAUGGCUGUGGCCUAG